AUGAUAUUCCUGGCGCCGGGUGAAUGCAAGAGCAUGUGGCAAAUUUAUUCAGACUUUCGGUAUCUUGAAUUAACAACGUGUGUCGCGUUAUAAAAAGUUAACACAAAACAUUAUUAUAUAAUAUAGUGAUUAUUAAAAUAAUUAUUCAAUGAACAGUGCAUGACAUUUGGAAUAGAUUUUUCAAAAUAAAAAUGUUGCUGAGUGUUGUACAGUUAUCACUUAGGUCGAUUCGCGGCGCAAAACUUUUGCGACCAGCCGAUUUAAGAUCGACAAUUAAAUGCGGAUAUAGUUCUGGAUGGAGUAGUCGAAGACCUGUUGCUAUUGUCAAUGAACACGAGCUUUUGGACACUGAUGAUACAUCGAAAGCUGUUGAACAAAAAACUCCUAAAACACGUAGGAGGAGACCAAGAGUCAAUACACGCGAAGAGAAAAAGAAAGAUAAGAAGGAAAAUGAAAUUAAAGAAGGUUCUGCCACAGAACAAAGAUAUAUAGCACUUGAUGCAAACGAUAAGCUCAUCAGCUCAUUGAUGAUAGAUAUUAAAACGAAAAAGAGAAGAGAAAAGACUCGUCAAAUGCUACUGGAAGGCUUUCGAUUAAUCGAAGAUGCGAUUCAGGCAGGGAUAGUGCCAAAAGUAAUAUUUUUCAACAGAUUGUCCGACAUACUGCCGCUGUCGCUUCCCAAGGAAGUAAAACUGUAUAAGAUUCCGUAUCGUACGAUUCAAUUGUGGUCCAACUUAACAACUUCGCCUGGGAUAAUUGGAAUCUUCGAAAUCCCAGAUAUGGACGAUAAGGAACCUGCCAAGGACGCUAUACCUUUGACUAUUGUCUGUGACAAUGUCAGAGAACCAGGAAAUUUGGGAACUAUUAUAAGAGCUGCUGCUGCAGUUGGUUGCGAAAAGUUAUUAUUAAUGAAAGGGUGUGUGGAUUUGUGGGAGCCCAAAGUUGUGCGCAGUGCUACAGGUGCACAUUUUCGCCUACCAAUAAUUACGUCCGUUUCAUGGGAUGAGAUUCCAACGUUGAUAAAUGAUGAGUCUGCAAUUUUUCUAGCGGACAACAAUAUAGCGUAUGAAAAUGAUUUAAAAGACACGGUUAAUCAAGAGUCAACUGUAAGCACUUCCAUCGAAGGCAAUGAUAAUUAUACGAAACAAGAUUAUGUAAAUGCGAACGACGAUCAAACUGCUGAAGAUAACGCGAUAGACCAACUGACAAGUCAAACCAACCAAUAUAAACAAACUGCAAAAACUAAAUUGCUAGUAAAAAAAUUAAUAUCUCAACUUCCAGUUGAACCUUACUAUACAUUAGAUUUUACAAAAAGAGAAAUGGUACUUGUUAUUGGGGGUGAAACCGAGGGUGUUAGUCUCGAAUCAUGUAAAUUGUUACGUGCAAGAAAUUGCACUCGUGUUAACAUACCAUUGACUAACGGCAUUGACAGUUUAAAUGUUGGUGUGGCUGUUGGUAUUGUUACAUUUGAAAUGAGAAGACAGUUUGUAACUCGCAAAAUUGAUGAUGAAUAAAACUAUUUCUAAAUAUAUAUAG